UUCAAUUCCCCUCUCUCUCUCUCGUCUCUUCUUCACUCUCGUCGUCUCUUCUUCAAUUGCAGCUAGAGAGCCAUGGCCUCCUCCUUCAACGAAGAAACCGCCAAGAAGUUGCUUACCCAGGUUGAGUUCUACUUCAGUGACAGUAAUCUACCCACAGACGGAUUUCUCAACAGGGAAGUCACCAAGAGCAAAGAUGGCCGUAUCCUGUAUACAUAUAUAUUGUUGUAGCAUACAGAUAUAGUUGAAAAGUUAUUCCUUAGAUGCCCGAAACUAGUGGUUAGUUUGCCUCUGGUUUGUUCCUUCUCUCGUAUGAGGAACCUCCUUGGCCUCGGUAACAUCAAUAGAGAAGACAUCCCUCCGAGGAUUGUGGAGGAAGUUGCUAAUCUCUUGCGCACCUCUGAUUUUCUUAAAGUUUCCAAUAAUGGACAAAGGAUCGGUAGAGGAACUAAACUCUCCAAACCGGAAGAGGUGCUUGAACAAGUCCACAGAAGAACCCUUGCGGCUUCACCUUUUGAGUACAGCAUUAAGAUGGAGGAUGUCUCAUCUUUCUUCUCCCAAUAUGCCAAGGUGAACAGUGUGAGACUACCUCCCAACAUCGCUGAUAAGCGACGCUUUUGUGGCACUGCGUUGGUUGAAUUCUCCUCUGAACAAGACACUCAAGAUAUUUUGAGGCAGAGCUUGGUCUAUGCAGGCGCUGACUUAGUAUUAAUACCAAAGAGUGAUUUUGACUGUCAAAGAGAGAAUAUGAUCAAGCAACUCGGAAAAUCAGAGUCCCACAACGAAUUCCGCAGAGGACAAAUUGUCAAAUUUGCAUUGAAAUGGAUAGCCAGUGAAGAAAAAGUAACAAACAAAGAAAAACCCAGCGCUCUGAAAAAUAAAAUUAAAGAGAAGGAAGAUAAGGAGACAGGCAUUGCUGAUAGAGAGAAGGAAAAUGGAGAUAACUCAUGUGCUAGCUUGUGCAAGGACAACACUGAUCAACUUGUGGUUCCCCCAUGGAACAACAGUAAUUCUGUCAGCUCUGAGGUUCUCAAGGAUCUUUUUCAAAGAUUUGGCAGCGUUGAACACAUAGAAUACUCUGGUGGAUUGGAUUCGGGUUACGUUUGGUUCACAGAUUCAGAAACAGCAAUGAAAGCCCGUGCAGCUGUGGAGUUUGUUGGAGGUUUAGUUGUGAAGAAUAACUUCUCAGUAGCCUUAGAAGCAAUUAAUGGGGAGAUGGAGAGAGAGUUGUGGAAAAGACUAUCAUCAGCUGAGCUGGAAGGAGGGAAAGAAGGUCACAAAAAGGAAAAAGGCAAAGAUGAGUGUUUUGAAAACGUGCAACCUACCAAGAAGGCCCGAAAGGAGCCCUAAUUAAAGUUUUGGGUUUUGUUUUAUGUCAUCCUCUUCUCUACGUUUUUUUAGGUUCAGCUGAUUCUCAACAAAAUAGAUAUUGCUUCACUUGACUGACAUCUAUGAGUAGUUUUGUAAACGUUUUUUGGUCUGGGAUGGUUAAUGACUUGACGUAUUGCCGUAUGCGCCACUCGUAUACUAGACCAAUACUUUGU